AUGGAGGAGUAUGCCCUCUUCCGCCCAAACAAUCAAGAUAGUAGUCAAGGUGAAUGGAUGAUACCCAAGCGUACUAUUGAAUCGUACGGGUUAGUCACCGACGAUCGCAUUUGGUUCCGUGCCCGGAUGCAAAUAGUGAAUGUGAUGUUACCGGAUGGUUCGCAGAAGAAAAUGAUGUUAGAUGUAUGUCAGCCGAUUAAAGGCUUAAUAGCAGCGAUAGCAGAUAAGAUGUCUCUCCACCACGCCGAAGCCUUUGGGAUUCAAGUGUAUGGCACAAAGCGCUUCUUGAAGAUGAAGAAUUCGUUGUAUGAAGUUGCUCCGUGUGACGCGGUGUUUACAUUAAAGAAGCGCCACUUCAUUCAAGAGGGAGAAUUGAAUCGCGACGACCCGAUGUUGUUACAUCUGACGUACGUCCAAGCCCAUGAUAAUAUAGUCGAUGGGUUAUACCCCUGCACGCGCGACGAGAUCAUUAGAUUUGGCGCAUUAAACAUGAUGAUCGACAGUGGCAAAUGUUCCGAUGACAAGAAGGUGAAUUCGGUGCAUCAAGUGAGUCACGACAUCAUCCCGAAGUGUUACCAAUCGAAGGACAUCGAGAAGGAGAUCUUCAACGGGUGGAAGAAGAUGAAUGCGAUGACUCCGAUCGAUGCCAAAUACAAGUACUUACAGUUGUGUAUGACACUCCGGUCGUAUGGGAUGAAUAUCUAUGCCGGGGGUAUUGAGCCCAAAGGUGUCGUUCAACCGGAAGAAGGCAAGAAGAAGAAAUUGUCUUCCGUCUUUAUGGCGUUUAGUCCAACUGAUUUAAAAAUGUUGUCUCCGGAACAUAAAGUGUUAAUGUGUGAACCGUACGAACAUCUCAAAACAUGGAAAUUCUCUGAUGAAACAAUUACAUUCGACUUCGCGAAGUAUAAUAACGGAGAAACUAUUGUUUUCUAUACUAAAGAAGGCGAAGAUAUCUUCUCGUUAGUAGCAGGGUAUAUGGAGAUCAUCACAAUGAAGGCUUCGAAGGCUAUUGUGGACGACAGAGACUUAGAAAAGGCAACUGAAGUCGAAUUGACAAAGAAGAAGAAGACGGCUGCUGUGAAGACGACGACGGUCAAGACGCGAAUUGCCGCAGUACCUCCACCUAUUGCUCAAGCGGCACAAAUCACAGAUUCUUCAAACGUCUUUGUAGCAAAUAAGGAGUAUGCGUUACCAGUCAACUUCUCUGUCGAUUUGAAAGAGAAGGCGCAGAGUAACGAAGAGAUCUGGAGAAACCAAUUAAGAAAUCAAUCGGACAAUUUACUGAGUUUGCUGAAGCCCUUGUCUGAAAGCUUUAGAGGAGGAAGUAAAAUGGCGAAUGAGAAGAUCAAGCAGUUUGGGUUCUACGUUGAUGGUAUUCGAGCGGCUGUUAUGAGUGGAGCGGCGUCAGUGGAGGACAGAGAAGUCUUAGAAGCCAUGACAAACAACUUAAUGGACGCUGUGAGAGAUUAUAUGGACAUCUGUGCUGCGUUAGAAAAGGAUCCGAACAAUCCGGCACUCCUUGCGGCGUUAGCAGAUGCUGAGAAACGCGUCCAAAUGUGUACACAAGCCUUGAACGCAUGUUCACAAGGGUUAGUUAUGAACGUCGACCAAGAUGUUGUCUUUGAAUUGUCGACAUCCAUCUGCGCUGAUGUCGACUGUGCUUGUGAAUUAGCUCGAACGUUAGCUGGAGAUAUAGUUGAACAAGCUAUUACGGAUGCGCAGACGAAUGCGCGGUUAUUGAUGUAUGGGUCACAGUCGAUGGGACUUGCCAUGUCGAGUGAUGAGUGUCAAUCGAUCAUGAAAGAUUUGUUAGCGAAUUGUAAGAACUCUACUGUCAAUUUAUUGGAGACGUCACAAUUGAAAGGGACUGCUGCUGGUGGACCUCUUGAGAUAGAUGUCGACGACAUUUGUAAAGGGUGUGACUUAGUCGAUAACUUUGUGGAAGACAUUAAAAACAAUAAGAAUAACAAACGAAAGAAUUUCAUCGAAUCGACCGGAAAUUGUUUGCAGAUGGCGGACUGGCUUUCGACGUUACAAAACAUGCGAAUCGAAGAUGUCCAAAAGGCAGCAAUUGAGAUGAAAAAGGAGAUCCCAAUAUUUGUGAAGUACAUGAAGGAGAACGUUUCACAAGUUGAAAUCGACGACGCGAAGAGGCAAUUUGUGAUCUCCAAUUUGAAGGAGAUGACAGUCAAUGCCAAAGUCAUCAUGACAAAUGCGGACCAAACGCAAUAUAAAUCACAGAACAAUGACGAUAUCAGAGAGGCUGCUGGACUCAUUGCAGACUCUAUUAGAGCAGUCAUGGGCGAUGAAGUGAAUGAAGUAGUUCAUAACUCGAUGUACUCGGACUCAAAGAAAGCUGCUAUCUCCUGUGCGAAGUUGAAUCAAAUACUUAAGAAGCAAAGUCGCAAUGAGAAGAACGCGAAGUAUUCUGACCAAUUAAUGAAAGCCGCACGAAUGACUUCAUUAGCUGCAGAACAGUUGUUGGCGCCUGUUGAAGAAGAUGAGGACGAGAGAAAGUUCAUCGAGAAGUCAAAGAAGAUCACGAGUGGAUAUGUCGAUAUGUCCACUGAACUUGCGUCGCUGACAGAAGUCAUUGAAGAGGGAAGAUCUGAUAUAGUAGAAGAGAAGAUCCAACUUGAUUUGAUGAUGCAGAAGCUCGAGCAAGAUGUGAAUACCUUCCAACAUCAAGAUAUGACAUCAUCGAUCCACACUGCAUCUUCUGAUUAUCGUAUGGCAGCAACAGAACUGAAGAGGGAAUAUUUAUUAUUAGAGUCUGCCACUGAAUUUGAAGAGGUUGGAAUUAAAGAAGAAUUGAAUGAAGACGCUCUGAAGAGUCUCGAGGAGUUCUCUAAAUUGCGCCAUCAGCUUGAUGUGAUUGAGAUGUAUAACUACCACACCCCAGAAGUUGUUGCGUGUGUCUCUCAAAAGUCCAAAGAAGUCUUAGAGAAGCUGAUUAAAGCUUCUAAGACGUCGAAAAAGAAAAAUGAGAGGAAGAUGGUCUUAGACGCUGCUAUGAAACUCUCGAAUGAGACUUCAAGACUGUUAACUGCAGUUGAACAAGAGUCUGUUGGUGUUCAAGUGAAUAAAGCGUCAAUUGAGAAUGACUUAACUUGUGCUGAGAAACAAGUUGUGAACAUCUUGAAGAUUGAAGAAGCCGUUGAUUUCAAUAUUACACAAGCUGUCGAAGUGACCGAAGAAGUGAUUAGUGCGGAGUCUGUUGCAUUAGAUAAGAUGAAAUUGAGUACAUCUGAGAUAGAAGCCAUUUAUCAGGACAUUCAAAAGGAAGUCCAACACAAGAAAGAAGUAGCAGAUGCCUCUGAAGACCCCAAAUUAAUCGUAGAAGCUGCUUUACAAGAAGCUGUUGUUGUUAUGAUUGGAUCAUCAAUUGGAGUCUUGUCGACAGCAACACAGGCACAGACGGAGUUAGUCGCUCAAUUAUCGAAUCCACAGACUUCCCAAGGCGUAUUAAGAAACAAAGAAUAUGCCGACGAGUUAGUUAAAGCUGUCGAUGAAGUCAAAGACACUGCUUUAGAGUUACAGAGACAAGUGAAAGAUGAUAAAAUCGACUCCGAUGAGUUAGUCAAGACUGCAGAUAAGAUCGGGAAGAAGGUCGAAAGAGUUGUCGUCUCAUGUCGAGCAGGAACUAAGACUAAAACUAAGAGUAAUCGUUACAAAGAAUUACUCGACGCGUCUAAAAAGCUUGCCGACGCGACAAAGAACCUCUUAACGUGCGCUAAAGAUGUCGACGAAUUUGAUGAUACCCCUAUUGUCGUCCAAAUGAAUAUGCCACCUCCCCCACCACCUGUAGUUGUAACGGAUGUUAAGGUAGACGAUGUACAAGACGACGUCGAAACGUUUGGUAUCGACGAGUAUACCUUGAGGGAAAUCGAACAACAAAAGAAAAUCUUCGACUUGGAGAAAAAACUCCAGGCAGCUAAAAAGAAAAAAAUCGACUUGGAAGAACUAGCGAAGACUUUUCAAUAA